GUGGGAUUAAACAAGUGAGCCACUGAUACAGCUCCUGCAAUAGAUCUUCAAAUGUCCCUCCUGUCUUGUGAAACUCUCCCUUUGAUUACUGUUUCUGCCUUUCCUCUGGUUCCCCGUUGACUCUUCUGGAAUGUUCUCCUGUGCACAUCUCGGUGCAAGUAUUUGUGGAAAUGUACAUUUUUAGUCAGAUCACUUGAAUCACAGUGUUCGUUUUCAUUCCAUUUACUGCAUAAUGAGUGAUUAUUGUGGGCUUCUCUUUCCCUCAGUGUCUCCAUGUGGGGCUACCGGGUGGCCCAGAGUUUGGUCUUUGCCAUUGAGGAGAUUAAUAGGAGUGCUCACUUGUUGCCCAAUUUGACACUGGGCUUCUCCAUUCGGAACUCUGGGGACUCAGUGCAUGGAGCCCUCUAUGAGACAAUGGGCUUCCUCACAGGGCAGGGGGAGCCCAUCCCCAACUACACAUGCCAGCAUGGCUCUCCUCAGGCUGCCUUGGUUGGGGACACACGGUCAUCACUGUCUGUCUCCAUGGCGAGACUUCUGGGGCUGUACAAGUUUCCCCAGGUCAGUUACUCAUCUUCGCUACCCAGCCUGAGUGACAAGAUCCAGUUUCCCUCCUUCAUUCGGACCCUGACUAGUGACCUCACAUCCUCCCACGCAGUUACCCAGCUGAUAAUUCACUUUCAGUGGUCCUGGGUGAUCAUUCUGGCCCAAGAUGAUGACUUUGGGCAGCAGGCCAGCUCUCUGGCCACUCAGCAGCUGAGUGUAGCUGGUGUGUGCAUUGAGUCUCACCUCCAUGUCCCUUCCCAUCAGUCCUUGGGGAAGAUUGAAGAGACUGUCCAGAAGAUGCAAAAAUGUACAGCCAGAGUUGUUCUUGUUUUCUUAAGCAAUUCAAAUUUUCAGCUCAUUUUGAAUGGCUUACUGGCUGUCUCUAUCUCAGGCCAGGUAUGGGUCAGCAAGGACACUCUGCAUAUGGUACUUGCUCUGACCAUUCCAGGCAUUUCCCAGGUGUUGCAAGGUUCAUUUGGUCUUUUGUAUCAUAGCAGUAGAGCAAUUGGUUUCCCAGAGUUCCUUGCUCACCUGCGCCCCAGCCAGACCCCAGAAGACAUGUUUAUAAAGAGGUUCUGGGAGUUCACCUUUGAUUGUACAUGGCCCAACCAGAACAGCACAGUAACAGAGGGUGUCCAGUUCUGCACAGGGAAUGAGAGUCUGAAAAACAAGCCACAUGCAUUCCCAGAAGUGAGUAAAAUUGAUGCUGCUUACACAGCUGUCUACAGCAUUGCUCAUGCCCUGCACAAUAUGCUAGCCUGUGAGCACCAGGAGAGGAAAGGUACAAACUUCCACAACUUCCAACCCUGGCAGCUGCUCCAUGCCCUCAAAAAGGUACACUUCAAGACUCCGGAUGGAAUCAAGAUUAUGUUUGAUGCCAAUGGAGAUUUGGUGACAAAAUUUGACAUUUUCCAAGGGCGGAAGACUCUCGUAGGUUUAUUCCACUUGGUCCAUGUAGGCUUGAUAGAUCCUCAAGAGUCUUCAGGGAACAAAAUGAAGGUUCUGUUGAAGAAGGAUCUCCAAGUGCCCACCUCCAUCUGCAGUGAAAGCUGCCUUCCAGGGUUCAGCCAGGUACCCCAACUGGGAGCCCCCCACUGCUGUUUUGAUUGCAGCCCAUGCCCUGAGGGACAGUUUGCAGACCAAAGAGACAUGAAGAGAUGCCGUCUGUGCCCCAAGGAGCAGUACUCGAGCCAUACCAGAGACCAUUGCCUGCCCAGGACAGAGAUCUUCCUGGCCUUUGAGGAACCAUUAGGUUUCCUGGCAGGGGGUACCUUCUCUGUGGCUUUUCUGGCUAGGGGCCUACCAGAUGUUUUCAAUGAGACCAAGUUCCUCACCUUCAGCAUGCUGCUCUUUUGCAGUGUCUGGACAGCCUUCCUGCCCCUGUACCACAGUGCCCGGGGCAAGUCCACUGUGGCUGUAGAGAUCUUCUCCAUCCUGGCCUCCACUGCUGGGCUUCUGGGUGGCAUCUUUAUCCCCAAGUGCUACAUCAUCUUGCUGAAACCCGAGAAGAACACCCUUGCCUGGCUAAGGCAAGGCCACCAGCUGGAUUAUGUUGUAAAGCAAGCUCAGCAGGCAGUCCACCCCUACAGGAAACUACAGGUGCAGCAAGGUAGAAGACUUCCACCUAGGUCUGAAGACUCCACCCUAAGUGGGCUAGGUCAGCAGAAGAUGACUGUGGCAAACAAUUAGGGUCUGUUUAGCCUUCUCAAGGCUGGGGGAAGGGCACAGUCAACUGCUGAAACAUGUUAUUUACUUUAUUAAAGAUCCUAUACAUAAAUAAACCCAUGU